AUGGUCGCUGCGAAAGCUCUCAUCAUGGCUGGCUAUGAUGUGAUGACAUCGGGCCCGGGUGAUGCAGAUGCUCUUGCCAAGCACUUUCAGGUGCCUUUUACUCGAAGCCGCCUCAGUACUGGGAAACUAGUGGCCGACCCAGAAAUGCAGAAGGCGUUCGCUGUGAACGACAUGCAAGGCAUGAUGACGGCGCAAGAUCGUAUCAGGGACGAGCUU